UUUCCGCCAUGGAACCAGUAAUAGAGAGCAAUACCUCCGAGCCGAGCUCUGGAUCGCUCUCCUCUCUCCACCCAAGAUCUGCGAGAACGCGUAUAUAGGCGCUCGCUCGUUCGCCGUUCACCUAGCCAGAGCUCAGAAGAGAUUCUCACACCGAGUUGACCCGGCGAGUGCCAAGGCCUACGAGUUAGCGUCGCCGGUGCCUGCCGCCAGGGCAAUCCAGGAUCCAGAUGGCGAAUCCGGAUGGCUCCCCUCUCGGUCGAAUGUUACUCGACGAGAUCUCGCCGGUUGUGAUGGUGCUCCGGACAAACCUCGCCGAAGAGGCUUGUCGGAAGAACGGCCUCAGCUUGAUCGAAAUGCUCAGCCCUUUUUGCGCAUUCAAUAACAUUGACGUUCCCGUGCGGACAGCAAGCGAUCAACCGCAUAGGAUUCAGAGGUUCACGCUACGGUUAUUCUACGCGUCUGACAUUCGGCAGCCCGACGUGGAGGUUGCCAAGGAGCGGUUGAAGGAGGUUAUUACCCAUGCAGGGGAGAAAGGUUUUUCAAACUUAAGUUCAGACCCACCACAAAUUGAAACUAUACUUGCCACCUCUCAAUCCGAGCUCUUACCCACAUGGUUUCCAUACUUCAACAAAGAGCUCGUACACACUGUUUCUUUUUCAGAUCAUGAAGCUUUUGACCAUCCCGUGGCAUGUCUUUUGGUUGUUUCUUCGAAGGAUGAGGAGCCUCUCAGUAAAUUUGUUGACCUUUUCAACACAGACCAGUUGCCCUCACUUCUUAAUGAUGGUGCAAUGGAUCCAAAGAUUCUGAAGUAUUAUCUCUUACUGCAUGAUAACCAAGAUGACACUACAGAAAAAGCGACCAAAAUAUUAUUGGAGAUGAGGAGUACAUUUGGAACCUAUGAUUGUGGAUUGCUGUGCAUAAACUCUUCUGAAGAUGGGUUAAUACAACAUGAGGAAAAUCCAUGGGCUCUUUAUAAAAAUGAAUCUUCACCUGGUCAACCUCUUGGUUGCUUCCUUAGCAUUGAUGAUAUGAAUGAGUUACGAAAUGUCAUGCAAGAUCUGUCAUCUAAGCACAUCAUUCCUCACAUGGAGAAAAAAAUUCGCGACCUCAAUCAGCAGGUUUCUGCAACAAGGCGAGGUUUUAGAAAUCAAAUAAAGAACUUGUGGUGGAGAAAGGGGAAAGAAGAUACACCAGAUAGCCUAAAUGGUUCUAUGUAUACAUUUAGCUCCAUUGAAUCUCAAAUAAGAGUUUUAGGUGAUUAUGCCUUCAUGUUGCGAGAUUAUGAUCUUGCUUUGUCCAAUUACCGACUACUGUCCACGGAUUACAAACUUGACAAAGCAUGGAAACGUUAUGCUGGUGUACAGGAAAUGAUGGGACUAACAUACUUCAUGUUGGAUCAGUUGAGAAAGGAUGCUGAGUACUGCAUGGAGAAUGCAUUUAACACCUAUUUAAAAAUGGGGUUAUCUGGUCAGCGAAAUGCUACGAGGUGUGGUCUUUGGUGGGCAGAAAUGUUGAAGACAAGAGAUCAAUUUAAGGAGGCUGCCACUGUUUACUUCCGUAUUUCUGGUGAGGAACCCCUACAUUCAGCUGUGAUGCUGGAGCAAGCAUCUUACUGCUACUUGUUUGCAAGACCGCCCAUGCUUCGCAAAUAUGGCUUCCAUCUCGUUCUUUCUGGUGAUUUGUAUAAAAAGUGUGACCAGAUGAAGCAUUCAAUUCGCACAUAUAGAGGUGCCUUAAGUGUAUUUAAAGGAACUAAAUGGAAUCAUAUCAGGGACCAUGUUCAUUUCCAUAUUGGAAAGUGGUAUGCAUUUCUUGGGUUAUUUGAUGUUGCUAUUAAACAUAUAUUGGAGGUGCUGGCCUGUGGUCAUCAAUCCAAGACAACGCAGGAGUUAUUUCUGAGGGACUUUUUCCAAAUCAUCCAGAAAAGGGGGAAAACAUUUGAGGUGUUGAAUCUUCAGUUGCCUGUCAUUGAUAUCCCUUCGCUCAAGGUUGUUUUUGAAGACCAUCGAACUUAUGCAUCAUCUGAAGCUGUUAGUGUUAAAGAAAGUAUUUGGCAAGCUUUGGAGGAGGAUGUCAUACCAUCCGUGUCUACCACCAGGAGUAACUGGCUGGAAUCACAACCAAAACUCAUAUCCCAAAAAUAUGAGUCAAAUAUUUGUGUGGCAGGAGAGGAAAUUAAAGUAGAAAUUGGAUUCAAGAAUCCUCUUCAAAUCCCUAUUUCCAUCUCUACUGUUUCCUUAAUAUGCGAGCAUUCUGCAAGAUCAGAUGAAACUGAAGCUGAUACAAAUAACUUAACCGGGAAUAGGAAUGAUGAUCAAUUCAGAAACAUGGCCAGUAGUGGGGACUGUAGCUCAGAAAUGCCUUCAUUUUCAGUGUCUGAAGUUGACAUUUCAUUGGGAGGAGGUGAAACAGAUUUGGCACAAUUAACUGUAACUCCCAGAUUAGAAGGCACAUUGAAAAUAGUUGGUGUGAGAUGGAAAUUGUCAGGUUUAAUAGGCGGCUUUUAUAACUUUGAUUCCGACUUGGCCAAGAAGAAAAUUACAAAGAAAAGAAGAAAAAAUAAACGGUCAACAACUGAUAACCUAGAGUUUAUUGUGAUUAAGACUCUGCCCAAACUUGAGGGCUUCAUUCGUCACCUUCCUAAAACAGUUUAUGCAGGAGAUUUGCGCCAUCUUGAUUUGGUCCUGAGGAAUCCAUUAGAAAUUUCUGUGAAGAAUAUGAAACUGAAGAUCCAUCAUCCAAGGUUUCUGAGCAUAGGCGACAAGGAAGUUAUGGAUAUGGAAUUUCCUGCUUGCCUAGAAAAGAAGACAAAUUCUGCACAUGGUGAUGCGCUUGCUAAAACCAAUAAUAUUUCAGAUACAGCAUUUCUGUUUCCAGAGGAUGUGCUAAUUCAUGGGGAAGCUCCUUUCUGUUGGCCUCUUUGGCUUCGGGCUGCUACUCACGGAAAUGUUUCCUUGUACAUAACCGUAUAUUAUGAGAUGGAAGAUGCAUCAACCAUUAUGAGAUAUCGCGUUUUGCGCAUGCAUUAUAAUUUGGAGGUGCUACCAUCACUGGAUGUGUCAUUUCGAAUCAGUGCUUGUCCUUCAAAAUUACAAGAGUUCCUUGUAUGCAUGGAUGUUAUCAACAGGACAAGUUCAAGGGGUUUCCAGGUUCAUCAAUUGUCUUCUGUUGGAAAUGAGUGGGAGAUUUCAUUGCUUCAACCCAUUGAUUCCAUCUUUCCUUCUGAACUUCUAUUUGCCGGUCAAGCACAGUCUUGUUUUUUCAAGCUCAAGAAUCGCAGGAACUCUGUGAUUGUUAAGGAUGAGGUCUCUGUGGCCCCUUCUGAAGGAUAUGAUGUAAGAUUGAGCCAUAGCAGCAAUGAGCCACUGUUUGAUAUAAAUAGGUCACCCUUACUUGAUUUCCACUAUCAUGAAAGAGCACACCAAGGAACAGCUGGUCAGGAAAAUCCAAAUACAGUUGACUUCAUAUUGAUCUCUCGGCUGCAGAGUGAAGGCGACCCUGAUCAAGCCAAUUCUGUCGGUCUCUUUUCUCAUCAUGCAUGUCAUUGCAGUAUGGCAAGCACAAGCCCAAUAUGGUGGAUAAUGGAAGGCCCCAGGACCGUACACCAUAACUUCCUUGCCGAUUUCUGUGAGAUAAAGCUAAGUAUGACUAUCCACAAUUCCUCAGAUGCAGUUGCAUCAGUUCGCAUUGACACCAUUGAUUCUGCCUCUAGUAGCCGUACACCUUCAUCUCCUGGAAAUGAAUCCGGGUGGCAUGAUGUAUCUCUGUCAAAUGAUGUUAAAGUUUCAUCUGACAUUGUUGGACCCCGAGUUAGUAGGUCGCUUUCUGGGGAGAGUGUUUCCCUAUUCAUUUGGUCAGGGACUAGUUCAACCCAGAUCAAACUUGAGCCAAUGUCCACAACUGAAAUUCCUCUUCAGAUAUCUGUCUUAUCUCCUGGGACGUAUGAUCUAUCAAACUAUGCUCUACAUUGGAAUCUUUUGCGCUCAAGUGGUCAAGCUGCUGGAACACUGCCAUCUUCGGGUACAUGCCAGGGGCACCCAUAUUAUCUUACAGUGCUGCAGGCAUCUUAACCCUGUACCAGGUAUAGCUUGUCCUACACAAAGUGAGAUGAUGUAUCUUGUUUGUAGUAUUUUUUAACCCUCUUAUUCUGUAAAUUGCAUUCUUACAGUAUGCCUACUAAUUUGGUAGGAAUUAUAGAUGAGUAAGUAGAAAGGGUAAAAGAGAAGAACUCUGAGAGGUCCAUUUUACUUCAAUGACUGGCAGAUGAUUUAAACU